UCUGUCUUGCACACCAACGUGCGAUUCUUGUUCCUUUCAAUUUAAUAACACUUUUUCUCCCCUAACGCACAACGAUUUUUCUAUAUUUUGUUUGUUGAUCUUGUUCUUUUGUCUGUAAUAAUGGCUGGUGGUGUUUCGAGUCGAACUCGUAGCAAGAAUGUUCAGUUGUUCAAAAGUCUUUCCCUUGAUGGAUCAUCUUCUUCUAAAUUAAAGCGUAGUAGAAUGAAUUAUGAAGAUGAAACAGGUUUUGACCCUGCUUCUUGUUCUAAAAAAACUAGGGUAAAAGAAAGGCCUUUUGUCUUGUCUCAAAAUAUUAAGGUUAUUUGCAUUGAUGAUGAUGAUGAGAAGAUGUUUGAGGGUGGCGGUGAUGUCAAAAGAAAAUUAGGGAGUGAUGAAAGUGGAAGAAUUGAUGGGUUUGAUGCUAAAAAAAAAGUAGAGAGUGUUGGAGGAAGUCAUGAUGACUCUGUUGAUAAAGAUGAAAACCUUGUUGAUGAAAACUGUGAUUGGACAUCUGAAAACCCGAUUACAAAUUCAGAUGAUGAAUCUGAAUCUGAUGAAGAUGAAGAUGAAAGUGAGACUAGUGAUGAAGAAUUUCAAGUUAAUGAAGUGCUUGAAGUUUCUGAUAGUGAUAAUAUCAAUUCUUCUUCUUAUGACAAUGAUGAUGAUGAAGAGGAGGAGGAGGAGGAGAAAGAAGAGAAGAAAAAUGUUUGGAGAAAAUACUUCAGUGUGGUGGAGGAGCUGGUGAGAGAGGUGAAAGAUGAAAAAAGUGGAGUGAAAGGUGGGGAAAGUGGAAUUUCGGAGAGCAAUAGUAUUGAGGAGGUAGAGAUUGAGAAUAGUUCUUCUUCUGUACACAAUCAAGAAUCGGAGAGUGCAUAUUAUGGUAGUGUAACAACCUCUAGUGCCUUAGAGAAGAAGGGUUCUUUUGAUCCUAUGAAAGCUUGUUGUUCUUCAAGCCUGAAUGAAGCUUUCUCAGAGACAACAAAAUCAAAAAGUGUGGAAAAUGUCUCUCUUGUUGAUGAUGAUGAUGUUAAUGAAAGUGUGAAUGUUGAUGAUUAUGAUGAAGGAAAAGAGCAAUGUGUCCGAGGAUUAGGUGUUGAAAGAGUUUCUUUAUUUCAAACGAAGCAAGAAAAGCUGGGGGAUUCAGAUAAGCACACAAUCAUGGAGAGCAAAGAAAGGGAACAUGAAGGUAGAGCUAACAUAUGUAAUGAUGAGAAGACGGAGAACAAAGAAAGGGAUCAUGGAGGUAGAGUUAACAUCUGUAAUGGUGAGAAAAAGGAACCCAUGGAGAACAAAGAAAGGGAUCAUGGAGGUAGUGUUAACAUCUGUAAUGGUGAGAAAAAGGAAUUCAUGGAGAGCAAAGAAAGGGAUCAUGAAGGUAGAGUUAACAUAUGUAAUGGUGAGAAGAAGGAAUCCAUGGAUAACAAUGGUUUGAUGAAUCAAAGGGAUAAAAGCACACUUUUUCUGCCAAAGGAGUUGCGUUUAACUAAACGCCUUGCUGAAUUCUACUGGGGCAACAAGACUACAGUGAAGAAUGAUGAUUUCAUUGUGAUGGAGGUGAAGGGUGAUGUGGUUGAUCAGCAGCCACCACUGGUUUCUGUUGAGACGCAUCCAUUGAUAUGGAGCCUUAAGAAGGUGAAAAAAAUCCAAAAGACCAAAGAGGAGGAGGAGGAGCAAGUGUUAUGGGAUGAAAUGAAUGCAUCACUUAGAGAAGAAGAAGCUGAAUCUAUGAUUGGAAAUUUAGGGGAAAAUGGAAAAAUGGCAAGUCCAUAUUCUCUCUGUGAACAUAAUACUUUUCUCGACGAAGAGAUUGGUGUAUAUUGCAAAUUGUGUGGUUUUGUUGUCACUGAUAUCAAACAUGUGUCACCACCAGUGGUUGAUAGAUUUCCCAACGAAGGUUCGGGAAAAAGAGCUUCGAUUGAUAAUUCAGUAAAUGUCUCACGCUUUGAUGGAUCUCAGUUCAAUGUUUCUGAUGGCGGUGACUCAGAGGCUAAUCAUUUCUCUCAUGAUAAAGGCACAGUUUGGGACCUAAUUCCUGAUGUGAAACAAACUUUAUAUCCUCACCAACAAGAAGGAUUUGAGUUCAUUUGGAAAAACUUGGCAGGAAACAUCAAUCUUCCCGAGUUGAAGUACGCCGAUCCUCACAGAGAGGGUGGCUGUAUUAUUUCACAUGCUCCCGGAACUGGAAAGACAAGGUUGACCAUAGUGUUUCUCAUGGCUUAUUUGAAACUUUUCCCCGACUGUCAUCCUGUUAUUGUUGCUCCUGCGAGUUUGUUACUUACUUGGGAAGAUGAGUUCAAAAAAUGGGACAUUGGGGUUCCAUUUCACAAUUUUAACAAUCUUGAAUUAUCUGAUAAAGAGUAUGAAGAUGCUGUUAAUGCAGAUAAUUGGUAUAAUUUACCUCAUAGUAAAGAUGCAACCCGAAAGGCGAAACUGAUUUCAUGGUUUAAAGAAAAGAGCAUUAUGGGAAUCAGUUACAAUUUAUACGAGAAGCUAGCCGGAGGAGGAGGAGAAUCCGAAGAUAAGAAAAAGAAAAAAUAUGCAAGUGUGGAGAAGAGAAAAGAAAACAGUGAUAUCGGAAAGGUUCUACGCGAAAUUCCUGGUUUGUUGGUGUUAGAUGAAGGACACACACCAAGAAAUCAAAGAAGUCGUAUUUGGAAGGUAUUGUCGAAGAUUCAAACAAAGAAGCGAAUUAUACUUUCUGGAACUCCUUUCCAAAACAAUUUCUAUGAACUUUACAACACUUUGAGCUUAGUGAAGCCUUCUUUUCCUAACACCAUACCGCGUGAGCUGAAGAAGUUUUGCCAGAAGCAGGAAACUAAAAAAAGGUCGAAAGAAUGGAGCUGGGAACCAAUUUAUGGCAACACAACAGAAAAUCCUUGUGACAAUAAGAUCAUGCAAUUGAAGUUUCUAAUGGAUCCCUUUGUUCAUGUUCACAAAGGCGCGAUCCUUCAAAAGAAGCUUCCUGGACUAAGAGAUUGUGUGGUGGCUUUGAAGCCGGACCCUUUGCAGAAACAAAUUCUUGAGAGCAUUCGAAGUUGUCAAAACACAUUGAUCUUCGAGCAUAAACUGACAAUGGCAUCUGUCCAUCCAUCUCUUUUGCUCGAAUGCGGUCUUUUGGAAGAAGAGGAAUCUGUUAUUGACAAGAAGCGGUUAGAAAAGCUUAGAUUGAACCCCUACGAAGGCGUGAAAACAAAGUUUUUGGUGGAGUUUGUGAGACUUUGUGAUGCUGUUAAUGAGAAAGUUCUUGUGUUCAGCCAAUAUAUCCGUCCUUUAAGCUUAAUUAAAGACCAAUUAAACAUGGCUUUUAAUUGGAGCGAGGGGAAGGAAAUGCUGUACAUGGACGGAAAGGUUGAUCUAAAGGACAAACAAUCCUUAAUCCAUAGCUUCAAUGAUGAAAAUUGCCAAGCAAAGAUUCUCCUUGCAUCGACAAAAGCUUGCUCCGAGGGAAUUAGCUUAGUUGGAGCUUCAAGGGUGGUGCUACUUGAUGUUGUAUGGAAUCCGUCUGUAGAACGACAGGCUAUAAGCAGAGCAUAUAGGAUUGGACAGAAGAAGGUUGUAUACACUUACCAUCUGCUCACUCAAGGGACUACUGAAUACCUAAAAUAUUGCAAGCAGGCGGAAAAGGAUUGGUUAUCUCAACUUGUUUUUUCAACUAAAAAUACUGAUAACGAUGAGUUAAAGAGCUGUGCAGUGGAGUUUGAAGAUAGAGUUCUUGAUCAAAUGAAACACCAUGAAAAGCUCAAACACAUGUUUGGUGAGUGUGUGCUACAGCCCAAGGAGCGCGAUUUUGUUCACAGUUUCGGCCGUUCAUUAUGAUGAAUGUAAUUUUUUUUUUUAUCAAUCCACUUAUUUUUUUAUGUAUAGGACAAGAAAUAAUUUCAGAGGUAAGAUUAUUCAUGCUUCUA